CGCAUGAAUCAUAAUGAGUAGUGAGAAAGCCCCGUUUUUUUAUUAGAAAAAAAUACCAACGGUUAACCGUCUGUUUGUGACAACUCUGUUUCCCUCCAAAGGUAAUGGCAAUCCAAGGCAAGCCUCCUACUCUCUUCUCUCAUCAGUUUCAAAGUUCCCUUUGUUCUCCCACUUCUUCUCUGUCACUUGUCAAUGGUGGGUCUUUCAAGUCCAAGGCUCAACGAAAACCUCUCACUCUCAGACUUAGCCGCAGCACACCAAACGCCAAUGACCCACAAGAUGAUUAUCUGAUUGAUGCUCCUGUUUCAGCUGGUGAUGGCUUUUCGUUUAGCGGAGGAAAAUAUUCAGAUGGACCUAACCCAUCUGAUGAAUGGUUUAAGCAAGGGAAAUUUGUUAAAGCUUAUCCAGUGGGUGGCACUGGUGAGAAAGCUAAAGAUCCAAUUUUUGGACUAACCAUGGGAGCUGGCUCUCAAGCUUCAGGUGAUGUUUUCAGAUGGUUUAGCGUGGAAAGUGGAAAUGCUGAUAAUCCUACAGUUAUUUUGAUUCAUGGUUUCCCAUCACAGGCAUACUCUUACCGCAAAGUCCUUCCUGUUCUCUCCAAGAAUUAUCAUGCUAUAGCUUUUGAUUGGCUAGGAUUCGGAUUUUCAGAUAAGCCUCAACCCAGAUAUGGAUUUGAUUACACACUGAGUGAAUAUGUCUCAGCAUUGGAGUCCUUUGUUAAUGAAGUAGCCACCAAUAAAGUUUCACUUGUUGUCCAAGGCUACUUUUCACCAGUUGUUGCUAAAUAUGCCAGCAAGAAUCAGGAAAAGCUUAAUGAUCUAAUUCUCCUCAAUCCUCCUCUAACAGCCAAACAUGCCAACCUUCCUUCAACAUUAUCCAUAUUCAGCAACUUCUUGCUGGGUGAAAUUUUUUCUCAGGAUCCUUUGAGGGCCAGCGAUAAGGCACUAACGAGCUGCGGUCCAUAUGCAAUGAAAGAGGAUGAUGCAAUGGUUUAUAGAAGACCUUAUCUUACGUCUGGUUCAUCCGGGUUUGCACUGAAUGCAAUUAGUAGGGCCAUGAAAAAAGAGCUUAAGGCAUAUGUGGAAGCUACGAAAGUAAUUCUUAUGGAUAAAAAUUGGAAAGUUCGAACUACAGUGUGUUGGGGCCAGAGAGACCGUUGGUUGAACUACGAUGAAGUGGAAGAUUUCUGCAAAAAUUCAAACCAUAAACUGAUUGAGCUUCCAAUGGCAGGACAUCAUGUGCAGGAAGAUAGUGGGGAAGAACUUGGAGGUAUCAUUUCCGGACUUAUCAGCCGAAGGAUCGUAACAUGAUAAGUUCCAAUUGUUUUAGAGCUAGUUAACUACUAGUAAACAUUAAUUCUUAUAUCAUUCACUAUAGCUUUUUUUUUUCUUAUGGCUUAUGCAUUUUGAAGCUUGCAUCGCAAGCAAGACAUAAAUGAACUGUGUUCACAUUCUUGUGACAGAGAAAUUAUGAUUGGAAUUGGAACUGGAACUGGUCUCACCAAAAAUUCAGAAUUGAAAAAGGAUAAGGCAACUGAAGUUUGAUUUA